GCAGACGGACCUCUCGACCGGGGUGUUUCUCCGGUAACGGGCGAGAAGAGGAGAGGCGGAACUAGAGAGCAACCGGAGAGCCUGCUGCAGUUCGGUGACCGGGAUAGAGCUCCAGCGGGUCGGACAGACGCGUCGCUGCGGGUCGGUGCGGUUUGAACUCGUUGGUAACGUCAGCCGGCUAAAGAACAAUUAGACAUUUAUCGCUAUCAAAAAGGCACGGGCGACACGUUCGUGGACUAAAAAUCUCGACUGUGAGGCGGUUUGCGAUGUAUUUAAAUCCCGUGCAGCGUUAAUGGGCGUCCUUCGUAACGCGGGAAGCAUAGUUCUUAUCUUGUAUUAUAUUAUCUAAACCAGAAAAGAUCACAAAUGCCCCAUUUGUCCAAAUUUGGUCUCCUGCAGUGUGUUGGUCUAAAAGGUUACAUAACAAGCGAUGGAUAGUUGAGAUUCCUCUCCACACACACAAGGCUGACAAAGUGAAUAGUGUUCGGUCUUUUUGUUUUAUUUGCUAUCAGUAACACUACAACGGCCCUGCAGGACCGGUUGGUUUUAGCUGGGAGGUCAAAUCUAUUCUUCCUUCACGAAGCUAAUGCUCAGUUUGAUGCUCUUUAAUAUUCAGUUAAUAGAACUGUUUCUGUCUAACUGCAUUUGGGGUGGGUCGUUUAUUAAAAACGAUACGAUUCAAGAUCAUUUUCAUAAAGUUGAAUCGACACCCGGUGAGCUGAGCGAUAUGUUGAGGAUCUUUCCACUGGGCUGCAUUACUUUGAAGCUGUCUCUGGCGACUUAACAAGAUCCCAGUCUUCUCCACGCUCCUCUCAUGCUGACUGAGAAUGGAUGAUCCAGAGUACGGGGUUCAGAUCGGAGAGAACAAGUUCAUCAGGAAGGCAACAGUCCUCUCACAUCUGAAGACGUACAACCUCUACUACGACGGACAGAAUCUACAGCUCCGACACAGAGAGGAAGAGGGAGAGCUGAUCGUUGAGGGCUUGCUGAAUAUCUUUUGGGGUCUGCGGCGGCCAAUCAGGCUUCAGAUGCAGGAUGACCACGAGCGGAUCCGACCCCCGCCCUCCUCCACGUCCUGGCACUCCGGUUGCACUCUGGACAGUCAAGGUUUCCCCAACUGCACAGAGAGUCAGCAGAGCCCACCCACGGUGGAAGUGACGCCACCCGAGAGCCAACCAGAGGAGGACACGGAUGAGAUGGAAGAACAGGCAGAAGAGGACAGCGAGAGCUCCGCCCAGCUGCUCAGGACGAAGAGCGACGCCGGCGUCCUGAGGCGAGGCCAGCGGCGCUCGCCGAGCGACCAGAGGAAGAUCCGACGCCAUCGCUUCUCCAUCAACGGACACUUCUACAACCACAAGACGUCAGUGUUCACGCCUGCCUUCGGCUCUGUGACCAACGUCCGCAUCAACAGCUGCAUGAGGACGCCACAGGUGCUUCGAGUUCUCCUCAACAAGUUCAAAAUCGAAAACAGCCCGGACGAUUUUGCGCUCUACCUCGUCCACACAAGCGGAGAACGUGUGAAGCUGAAGCGGAGUGACUUCCCCCUGGUGCUGAGAAUAAUGCAGGGCCCGUGUGAGCAGGUCUGCAAGGUCUUCCUCAUGGAAGAAGACCUGGGAGAGGAAGUCACGUAUGAUGUGGCGCAGUAUAUCAAGUUUGAGAUGCCAGUCCUGCAGAGUUUCAUCACCAAGCUGAAGGAGGAGGAGGACAGAGAGGUGCUGAAACUCAGGAGCAGGUACACGUACCUGCGCUGUAUCAUCGAGAAGCAGCUCGGUUGUCUUCCGGAGGGGCCGACGUGCAUGUGAUCCGCUCAUUGGACAUUCAGAAUUAGCCAAGCCUCCACCCAGCUGUGAGUGAGGCUCUGCUGACGAGUACCCCGGCCUACGUGUUUCAGGGAUUGUCCUGAACUGCCUCUGCAUGGAGCAUUUUUUUUGUUCACAUCAUUUAAAUCAAUCAAACCCUACAGACGAAAGUUGAAAAAGCACAAUGGAAAAGCACAGAAAGUACAUUACAAAAUGAAUGAGCCAAGAGCGAGACGCCGUGUCUUCCGUCUCCACCCUUUAGUUUGCCAGCUGAUGCCCAAAAUCCAUUUAGAGCACUGACGUCAUUGAAUAUGAUCUUGUUUAAGUGCCUGUUAAAGGGUUUCUCCAAGCACAAAGAUACACUAGUUGAUGCUCUGUUUUCAAGUGAAGAAGAAGAGCGUCAGACCAGGCGCUCAUGCUCUGACGAGCGGAACGCCUUUUUAUUUUCAAAUUUUUUUGGACAUUAAAAUAAUUGAAUAGAUCUCAUCUGAAAAAACAGAGGGAUUAUUGAAGGGGGACUGAGGCGAUAAUGUGUGAAUGUCGGGACCAUUAGUCUAUUGGUGGUCUUAACUGUUGAGGUUAAAGGAAUAGUUUUUGGGUACGUUGUACUCGCUAGCUUCCUAGCUUAGCGUAGCGCAAAGACUGCUAACGGCUCUACCAGCACUGCUAAGGCUCAAAUAUUGAUACGUCAUUUGUUUUUAUCUUUCCAAAAACCAAAGUGUUUUGUUACACUUUUUUUGUACGGAUUAAACAAGUUAAAUUAUGCUUCAGAGGUGCUGGUGGGCAGAUUUUAUCUCUGAACACAGUCCGGCUAGUUAGCUGCUAUCCAUCUUUGUGCUAAGCUAAGCUAACUAGCUGCUUAAGAAAAAAGAAAGCAAACGAGCUUUUUCCCCAAAACUAUUCCCUUUUUGAAGAAAUAAAUUCUGUCCUGAAAUAAGACUUUUUGCCGGUGAGUCGGCCUCACUGCCUUAAGUCACACGACAAGGAGAUGUUAACAAGCACAACAAAAAAAAGCGUCAUCGCUUGAACCGGUUUAAACACCAUUCUUCACAAGAGGACUCCAGGUGGCUCUUCCACUUCGGUGUGGCAAUUUCUUUUUCUUUUUACAUCAAACACACAAGGACUCGAGUAGAAUCCCAGCAGACUGUGAAUGCAGACUACCUUCCUUCCAAGAAUGGUGUUCAUGUAUGAAUGAGCAUUUCAGCACCAUUUGCCUCCACGUGUGCAGCUCUUAACUUCUGUCUGCCUGUGUGAGAGUGUGUGCAUGUAAUAUUGUCAGUGAUUCUCGUAAGACUUGCUUGCUUUUGUAUUGUCUUUUACAAAAUGAUGAUCUCUAGACAUGCUAAGAACUCAUGCUACGACUUGGAAAAUGUAGUUGUUUUUUUUAACAAUGAUUGUUAUUUAAUAAAAAAAGUUAUCCUGA